AUGGCCUCGGGCUGGCCGACUCAGCAGCCUCUGGGCGCCAGUCAGCAGCAGCAGCGGCAGUGGCAGCCUCCCUACCAGACGGCUGGGCCCUCACUACCAGCAGGGCCCAUCGCCAUGAGCACCUGUGCAGCACAACUGGGCCCUCCGCCAUGGCCGCCUGGCGGCGACGGCCGCCUGCGCGCCGUGGAAGAGCUGCCCACGUGCUUCCGCCCCGCCUUCCCCUUCCGCUACUUCAAUGCCAUCCAGAACGACUGCUGGCCCACCAUCUAUGAGAGCAGCAUGAAUGUGGUCAUCUCAGCGCCCACCGGCGGAGGCAAGACCAUCCUGCUGGAGCUGGCCAUCCUGCGCAUGCUGCUGCAGCACAUCAGCCCGGCCGGCCAGUUUGGGCACAGGCCGGGCCACCUCAAGGCUGUGUACCUUGCGCCCGCCCGAGCGCUAGAGAAGGUGCGGGGCUGGAGCCAGCGCUUUGCGACGCUCGGCGUCACAUGCGCGGAGCUGACGGGCGACACGGGGCAUGAGGGGCUGGAGGCGCUGGACUCUGCCGACAUAAUCUGCGCCACCCCCGAGAAGUUUGACGCCGUCACCCGCUCCGGCAUGCGCUUCUUCGCCGACAUAGGACUGGUGCUCAUCGACGAGGUGCACCUGCUGAACGAGAGCCGCGGCAGCAGCCUGGAGGGCGUGGUGGCGCGCAUCAAGAUGGUCAGCAGGCUGCGUGAGAUGCGGGGGCAGCCCAUCAGCAGGGUGCGGUACGUGGCGGUGUCUGCCACCAUCCCCAAUGUCCGGGACCUGGCGCAGUGGCUGGGGGCACCGCCCGCCGGCAUCAAGUGCUUUGGGGAGGAGAUGCGGCCCGUCAAGCUGCGGACCGUGGUGAGAGGCUACAACCCGACAAAGACAGACUUUCUGUUUGAGCGGCGCCUGAACGACUACAUCUACCAGAUAGUGGCAGACUUUUCGAGCGGCAAGCCCACACUGGUGUUCUGCAGCAGCCGCAAGGGCACCGGCGAGACGGCGGCCCACCUGGCUCGCGAGGCAGCCAAGGCAGGCGCCAGCUGGCGCGGCGGCGCCGCCAGCGCCGCCGGCAGCACCUUUGUGCGGGAUGGCGCACAGGCGCAGCGCCUGGCGGCGGCGGCAGGGAGGCUCAAGACUGCGGCGCUGCGGGAGUGCGUGCAGAUGGGCAUCGGCUUCCACCACGCCGCCAUGGAGCCAGAUGAGCGGGCGGCGAUUGAGGCGCUGUUCAUCGCCCAGGACCUGCCGGUGUUGUGCACCACCAGCACGCUGGCGCUGGGCGUCAACCUGCCUGCCAGGCUGGUAGUGGUGAAGGGCACGCGGCGCUACGUGGGCAGCGAGGCGGAGGAUGCGUCUGGGUACCAGGAGUAUGAGCGCAGCACCUGCCUGCAGAUGGUGGGGCGUGCGGGCAGGCCUCAGUACGACACUGAGGGAGUGGCGGUGAUCAUGACGCAGAAGCCGAACGUGCGCCGCUACGAGGAGCUGACCAGCGGCAGCGAGGUGGUGGAGUCGCAGCUGAAGGGGGUACUGGCGGAGCUGCUGAAUGCAGAGGUGGUGCUGCGCACCAUCGGCGACGCCAUAGAGUGGCUGCGCUGCACCUACCUGUAUGUGUGCCUGCAGCGCAGCCCCGCACGGUACGGCGUACCGCCGCAGCCCUCCACCGACGCGCUCGACCGCUGGCUCAGGGACAAGCUGGUGCUGGGCACGGUGCAGGAGCUGGCGCAGCACGGCAUGGUGCGCCUGCACGACGACGGCUUUGGUCUGGAGCCGCUGCAGCCGGGGGCCAUCAUGGCUGAGCGGUACAUCCGCAUGCGCACCAUGGUCAGCCUGUGCACCAUGGCGCCGGGUGCCGCCAUCCCCGACCUCAUCUCCGUGCUGGCCAGGAGCGCCGAGCUGGCCAACAUCAAGCUGCGGCGCAGCGAGAAGAAGGCGAGGCAGCCUGUGCUGAACGAGGUCAACCACUCUGACCGCGUGCGCUACCCCAUCAUGGGCGCCAAGCCGGGCAAGGUGCUGGAGCGCAUCACCAGCGCCGCCCACAAAAUCCACAUCCUGGUGAAUGAGGGGCUGAGCGAUGUGCCCACCGACAAGCUGGACUACAGCCUGAAGCAGGAUGUGGAGCAGGUGGUGAGCGCGGGCAAGCGCAUUGCCGGCGCCAUGGUCAGGUUCUUUGAGCACGCUGGCAAGGCCUCGGAGACCUUCAACUCGCUGCUGCUGGCCAAGAGCCUGCGGCAGCGCCUGUGGACCGACAGCCAGAUGGAGACGCGGCAGCUGCCCGGCAUCGGGCCGCUGAUUGCGCAGCGCCUGGCGGCGGCGGGGGUGCAUAAGCUGCGCCAGCUGGCGGAGGUGGAGCCGCGGCGCCUGGAGUCGCUGGCACAGCGGCACUACCCCUUUGGAAACGAGGUGCAGGCCGCGCUGGGCGCAUGCAUGCCGCCGGCCGUCAACCUGCAGUGCCUGCCGGUGGCCUGGCUGUCGGGCGGGCUAGUGGAGCUGGAGGUCACAGGCAAGGGCGCGAACGCGGGCGCUGUGGAGCGUGUGGGCAGCAGCACCGCUCCCAGCCCCGCCCGCCUCCUGGUGGGCUCCCUGCACGACGACGCCAUGCUGCUCUGCCGCUCGCUGGCGCUGGAGCAGUUUCCGUCUCCCCUGGUGGUGGCAUCCGUCGUGCAUGAGCGGCUGGUGGGCGUGGAUGUGGCAGUGCGGACGACAGUGCCGCCGGGGGUGCGGCUGCAGGGCCAGGCCUGCCAGGCAGCCAAGAUGGCAGCAGCAGGCGUCCCGGAGGCGGCAGCAGCGCAGGAGGGGUGGCAGAGCCAGCCAUUUGCAGCUGGCAUGGGGGAGGCUGCUGGCAAGCGGCGCAAGCUAGCGGCGUCCCUGGCUGCUGUGCCGGCGCGUGCUGCCUCGGUUCCGAGCGAAGACCCGCCAGCGGUGGUGCCAGCUGCAGCCCCCACCAGACCUGCCGCUGCUCCCGCCCCGCCCCCUGAAACCGGCAAAGUGGCUGCCCUCAGCCUGCCAAAGCUCAACUGGCUGUCGGGCAUGUUUGGGCCUGUGGCUGCCCAGCCUGCUGCUCCAUCGCCGACACCCGCGGUGGCAGCAGCGGAACAGGCGCCGCCCGACUUUGCACCACUGUUUAGCUUUCUGUGA